AUGGCGCUUUGCUCGCCGCUCCGCGGCGUCAAAAGCGACGCGCUCUCUGGGCAUCGGUCGGAUUUCCAGGGUGAGGAGGAGGUUUUCGUCGCGCGCGCGUCUUCGUCGAGGCUCGACGCCUUCCUCGCGGACCAAAUAUCAGGAGUGAGUCGAAGUCGAAUCGUCGAGAGCAUCAAGAGCGGCGUCGUCGUCGUCAACGGUAACGUCACGACCAAGCCUUCGCACAAGCUCGACAUCGGGGACAGGGUGAUUUGCGGGGAGAUCGUCGCGUCGCCACCCACAGAGGUCGCCCCCGAGAACAUCCCGCUGGACGUCGUGUUCGAGGACGACCACCUCGUCGUCGUCAACAAACCACCGGGCAUGGUGGUGCAUCCAUCCGCGGGACACGCGGGCGGAAGCCUGGUGAACGCCCUCCUGUUCCACUGCAACGAGAGGUCAAACCGAGGAGACGACGCCUCGAAGAUGAUCGACGUCCCACGACUCGGAGUCGUGCACCGAAUCGACAAGGGCACCUCCGGACUGCUGGUGAUGGCCAAGGACGCCGCCGCGCAGGCUGGCCUGCAGACGCAGUUCGCGAAUAGGUCCGUCAGGCGACGGUAUCUCGCCAUCGUCUUGGGGACUCCCGCACGGGAGAGCGGUCGGAUCGACGCGCCAAUCGGCCGAGACCCGGCGGAUCGGUUAAAAAUGGCAAUCGUCCGCGGCGCGACGGGACGACAGGCGAUCAGUAACUUCGGCGUCCGCGCUCGACUCGUGCGCGGUAACGCGUCGCUCGUGGAGUGGCAGCUCGAGACGGGGCGGACGCACCAGAUUCGCGUGCACGCGCGGGAGAUGGGACAUCCCAUCGUCGGAGACGAAGCCUACGGGGGGGGCGGAUCGGCGGCGGCGGAGUUUCUGCGACGAGACGGGGCGAUGUCGGCGGCUGCGGCGAGAGAAAUCGUCGCAAAGUGCGCGCGGCCGAUGCUGCACGCGCGGUCGCUGGGUUUCCGGCAUCCGGUCACCGGCGAGGAGAUCAGUUUCGCGGUCGAACCGCCGCCCGAUUUCGUCGACGCCUUCACCGAGUUGUCGAAAUAUUAG